UUUCUCUAUCACUGUUGUGAUGCUUUAGCCUUAAUCAAAUUUGUAUAGCGCCAUUUCUGAUUCUCGUUUUCAUCUACGCUACCUUUUAAUAUAAAAUAUAAUUUUUUUCUAUAAUCAAGGAUAUAUAACCGUUGAAAAAUAAAACAUUAGAAUCUAGUCAAGAGUUUCAUAGAAAAAGAAACUACACGAUUGUAUUGUUGGAAAUGGCGGACAGAUCAAGCAAUGGAAUAAUUAAACAAGAGGUUGAUAAUCGGUCAUCUGCUGAAAAGGAUGAAGAAAAACAACAAACAGACAAAGCCAAUGAAUAUGUUCGUGAGCUUAUGCUGGAGAAGCUUGAGGUCAAUACACAGAAAACACCUAAUGCUGCUCGACUUCUUGAUCAAGAAAUUCAAAAAACCCAAACCAGUGGAAAGCCGAGUAAAGAUCAGAAGUAUGUAGAUAUCUAUCGAGAAAAGCCGAUUCGUGUAUCCGUUAAAGUGUUGGUUCCUAUACGUGAACAUCCAAAGGGCAUUCACCAAGGUUGGUGGCAUAUUUAUUAUAGUGUAUCCGUCGAAACAACGUGGAUGGCGAUAUAUGGUUACUUUGAAAAUGAACUAAUACCACUUGGACCAUUUCAGUUCAAUUUUGUUGGUAAGCUGUUAGGUCCAAAAGGGAAUUCCAUGAAGCGCCUUCAAGAGGAAACAAUGUGCAAGAUGGCUGUUUUAGGAAGGGGAUCUAUGAAGGAUAGACAAAAGGAGGAUGAACUUCGUAAAUCUUUGGAUCCAAAAUACUCUCACUUGUCCGAUGAUUUACAUGUUGAAAUUACGGCAUUAGCACCACCUGCUGAGGCCCACGCGCGUAUUGCUUUCGCCCUUGCAGAAGUGCGUAAAUAUCUCAUACCAGAUAACAAUGACAACAUUCGACAAGAGCAGAUGCGGGAAAUGGAGUUAACUGUAGAUGAGCCUGUAGAUGACAGGCGUCCUAGUAAUCGCGGAGGUAUUCUUAGACCUGUUGUUAGACCGGGACCACCAGGACCACCUGGAAUGCGUGGUGUUGCUAGGCCAAUUCUUCCUCCGCCACCUCCAACUCGUGGACCAAUAACACGGCCAGUACCAGCAAAAACUAAAGUUUUUUCGAUCUUAGAUCGUGCUAGAGUAGCUAUGGAUCAAAGCUAUGGUAGAUAUGAUUCAGCACCACCAACUACUAGUCGUGCUUCUCAUCAUGAUUAUGAUUAUCAUGGCUCCUCGAGCAGUAGUCGAUAUAUUUCUAAUGAACGUCAUUAUUCAUCAUCUGUAAACGAUGAUAUGUACCCACUGCCGCCGUCUUCUAGGUAUGGAGGUGGUGGUGCUACCUACGAUUAUGAUGAUGAAUCUGGUCCCCAUGGCUCUUCUCAUGAUUACUAUGAUGCUCCGGAUUAUCCAGUGCAACGAUCAAUGAAAUUCGGUGAGGACUCAUCUAGCCGCGCAUGGAAGUCAUACAAGACAACAACUACCGGCACGGGGGGCUCGGGUGCAAGUGCGCGCUACCGCGCCACUCCUUACUCACGUCCUUCUAAGUAAAUCUAGCUUAGCCUUAUGUGGGACCCAAUUUAGGCACAAGCACGUGCGCGCAUAUAUACACAUGCAUAUAUGGACACGUUUGUAAGCAAAUAUAUCUAGUACUUUUCCGGGAAGCACUGCACUUUUUAUAAUUUGAAUUAUAAAUACUAUAACUACAUCGUCAACUUCGCUAUUCUAAAAAUAGUGAUACUCCCUUUUUA